GCGGAGUCCCGGCCUGGGACACAAGAUGGCGGCAGCGGCGCUGGGGAGGGCGAGGCGGAGGCGGCAAAACGGGCGGUCGAGCAGAACGUGUGGCCGCAUCCCCUCGAGUCCGCUUCGGGCAGCUGCUGAUUCACGGAGUCCCCUGGGUCCCUGUCAACUGCACUGCUGACCAGCCCACCCACCUGUGCUACGCCUUCCUGUGGGCCUCCCCCCUCUUCUGUAGGACCCCGUGACGUGGGUUCAAUCCAGCCAGAGAAGAAAACACUCUCAUGCUAGUAUUGCAGACCCCAGAGGGUGAGAGAAAAGGGGACCUUAAUUCAGCCUUGAAACCCAUGGGCUCAGCCCCUCAAGAAGCCAUUCCAAACCUUUCUGUAAUCAAGGCCCUUGUGUCACAAGUCCUGCUGCCCUGUGAUUUUAUCUGCCAAGCUGUACAGAGAAAGUAACUAUUUGAUUUUUCCAUUCCAAAUUAACAGGCGUCUUUGAGUGUACAAUAAAAUAAAUGUUCAAUGAUUCCUAUGAUGUCGUUAACAAACCAGUCAGGGCUCCUGAUCAGCCUGCAAAGUAAAUCUCUGAAUCAGCCUUUGUGGUCUCACUGUGGGGAGGGUUUCUCGUUGGGUUUGUAACAUACCAAAAACAACAAACUUCCCAGUCCCAUCUCAGGUGAUCCUAGGGGUGUAAUAGAUCCAUGUUGGGAAGCACUUGGCCUUUGCAGCCUGUUCUGGGUGUGCUCUGGGAGGGAGUAGUGGAGAAUACAAACCUGCAGAUGCUGCCUUCCUUACUGGCAUUGAUGGAAUCAGUGUUUGCCUGGGGCUUCUGAAGGACUAAACCAGAUAGCACUACUCAGUUACACUGCUUCCUUUAGCAACAAACUGCAACCAGUUAGAGUCCAUGCUUCCUCCUCAGCUGCACGAGUCCACUGAGAUUUUACCUAGUGGGAUCAGUAAAACUCUCUUCCCAAGAGAAGGCACUGGUCCUUGUAGGAAUGAAUGACUUCUCUCUUGGCUGCUUUGGUGCUUUGUAAAAGUCUGCAGGAUUAGUAGAGCUACUCUUGGGUGUAGGUGACAUUCUUAGCUCUGGAGAGCAAUGCCCUGGACCCAGUCUAAUGAGACAGUUCCACUGUAGGGCUAGCCAUCUAGCACUAUAAUGUACUUUUCAUGGCACUAGAAGAGCUUUGCCCAUUAAACCUGGGCAGGGAGGCAGUAAAAGGUGGCUUCCUGGAGGAUGUGAGCCCAAGGACAAGCUAGGCAAUUAGGAUAUAGCCAGUGGGUGCUCUGUCGUAUAGAGGGGACAACUUUAAUCUCAGUGCACCUGUGGCAUCAGCUGGCUGGCUGUCCAGGGCAAAACUCUUGUUGGACUUCUCAAAUCUCUAGAUAAGUCACCAGAACCAUAGGUUGUAAUUGGUGGGUGGGAUGGAGCUGACCGUCUUGGUCCUGUGUGGCAGGUCCCGCGUGGGUGCUGAGAUGGCCAAUGAGAAUCACGGCAGCCCCCGGGAAGAAGCAUCCCUUCUAAGUCACUCUCCAGGCACCUCCAAUCAGAGCCAGCCCUGUUCUCCAAAGCCAGUUCGCCUGGUACAGGACCUCCCAGAGGAGCUGGUACAUGCAGGCUGGGAGAAGUGCUGGAGCCGGAGGGAGAGCCGUCCCUACUACUUCAACCGAUUCACCAACCAGUCCCUGUGGGAGAUGCCUGUGCUGGGUCAGCACGAUGUGCUUUCGGACCCUUUGGGACUGAAUGCAACCCCACUGCCCCAAGACUCAAGCUUGGUGGAAACUCCCCCAGUGGAGAACAAGUCCAGAAAGCGACAGCUCUCAGAAGAGCAGCCAAGUGGCAAUGGAGUGAAGAAGCCCAAGAUUGAAAUUCCUGUGACACCCACAAGCCAGUCGGUGCCCAGUUCCCCCAGCAUCCCAGGAACCCCAACACUAAAGAUUUGGGGUGCAUCUACUGAAGAUAAACAGGCAGCUCUCCUCCGACCCACUGAGGUGUACUGGGACCUGGACAUCCAGACCAAUGCUGUCAUCAAGCACAGGGGUCCUUCAGAGGUCCUACCCCCACAUCCUGAGGUUGAGCUGCUCCGCUCUCAGCUCAUCUUGAAGCUCCGCCAGCACUACCGGGAGCUGUGUCAGCAGCGGGAGGGUAUUGAGCCACCCCGGGAGUCUUUCAACCGCUGGAUGCUAGAGCGCAAAGUGGUAGACAAAGGGUGUGACCCUCUGUUGCCAAGCAACUGUGAACCAGUUGUGUCUCCGUCCAUGUUUCGUGAAAUUAUGAAUGACAUUCCCAUCAGGUUAUCCCGAAUCAAGUUCCGGGAGGAAGCCAAACGCCUGCUCUUUAAAUAUGCAGAAGCAGCCAGGCGGCUUAUUGAGUCCAGGAGUGCAUCCCCUGACAGCAGAAAAGUCGUCAAGUGGAAUGUGGAGGACACCUUCAGCUGGCUGCGGAAGGAGCACUCAGCCUCCAAGGAGGACUACAUGGACCGCCUUGAGCACCUCCGGAGGCAGUGUGGGCCCCAUGUCUCUGCUGCAGCCAAGGACUCUGUGGAAGGCAUCUGCAGCAAGAUCUACCACAUCUCCCUGGAGUAUGCUAAACGGAUCCGAGAGAAGCACCUCGCCAUCCUCAAGGAAAACAACAUCCCAGAGGAAGUGGAGGCCUCAGAGUUGGAGCCCCGCCUGGUGUACUGCUACCCAGUGCGUCUGGCCGUGUCUGCACCCCCCAUGCCUAGUGUGGAGAUGCACAUGGAGAAUAGUGUGGUCUGCAUCCGGUAUAAGGGAGAGAUGGUCAAAGUCAGCCGCAGCUACUUCAGCAAACUGUGGCUCCUCUACCGCUAUAGCUGUGUGGACGACUCUGCCUUUGAGAGGUUCCUGCCUAGAGUCUGGUGUCUUCUCCGUCGAUAUCAGAUGAUGUUUGGCGUGGGCCUCUAUGAGGGGACUGGCCUGCAGGGGUCACUGCCAGUGCACGUCUUUGAGACCCUUCACCGACUCUUUGGUGUCAGUUUCGAGUGUUUCGCCUCACCCCUGAACUGCUACUUCCGCCAGUACUGUUCUGCCUUCCCUGACACAGAUGGCUACUUUGGCUCCCGAGGGCCCUGCCUGGACUUCACCCCGCUGAGUGGUUCCUUUGAGGCCAACCCUCCGUUCUGCGAGGAGCUCAUGGAUGCUAUGGUCUCUCACUUCGAGAAACUGCUGGAGAGCUCACCAGAACCCCUGUCCUUCAUUGUGUUCAUCCCGGAGUGGCGGGAGCCCCCAACACCAGCGCUCACCCGGAUGGAGCAGAGCCGCUUCAAACGCCACCAGCUGGUCUUGCCUGCCUUUGAGCACGAGUACCGCAGUGGCUCCCAGCACAUCUGCAAGAAGGAGGAGAUGCACUACAAGGCCGUCCACAACACGGCAGUGCUCUUCUUGCAGAACGAGCCCGGGUUCGCCAAGUGGGGGCCAACGGCAGAGCGGCUGCAGGAGCUCACUGCUGCCUAUAAGCAGUCAGGCCGCAGCCACGCCUCCAGCUCUUCCUCAUCAUCCUCCUCCUCAGAGGCCAAGGACCGGGACUCAGGCCGGGAGCAGGGCCCUAGUCGAGAGCCUCAUCCCACUUAACAUAUCCUGCGGGGAGGAGGAGCUCCAGGGGUGCUGUUACAGACUGCUGGGACUCAGUCCUCAGGGCUGCAGGCCCCAGGGCCCUCCCCUGGGGUGGCAGUAGGACUUGAGUUGCCAGGGACAUAGGAAUAUUAUGGCUCUGCCAGGGCUCCCCCUCCCUGCUCCCACCCUUUCAGAUUCACCAAGACCCUUGUAAAUAGGCCCAUGCCUUCCCAGCCCCACACUGACCCUGUUGCUGCCUUGUUUCAUUUGUAAAAGAAAAUACAGAAACUCCCCAA